AUGACAUCUACUCCAAUCAAGCAGAGGAAGGGUGCCGUAAAGUCGCAAGCCAAGUUCGAGCCCGACGUUUUUCGCAACUCGCUCUACAAAUACUUUGACACCAUCCACGAAGGCGAUUGGGAUGGAUAUUUGAGCGCACUUGACAAGGCUGGAAAUACGCUGGACUAUCGCAAAUAUGCCGACCAGCUCUUCGAGAUCUUGUUUGUCGGGGGCCUGCUUGCUCCGGGCGGCUCGUUCGUCGAGGACAACGCGCCACAGAGCCCUUUUUCGAUUUCCGCGGCGAAGAGCGACAGCAUUGAGGAUGUGCGUCCGUACGUGGAAGUGAUUGAGAAGAUGGUGCGUCGCUACAAGUUUCUCCAAAAAUCGCUCGAGGAUUCCACCAUGCCAGGAAUUCUGCAGUAUAUCAACCGCUACAAGCCCGAGCAAGUCGCAAAGCUUGCAACCGCAUGCUCAUUAUCGAUACAGACGGGCCUCACGAAUGCAAGCAUUCUAACCCCUUUGCAGAAAGACUACCUGACCAAAGACGACCUUGCGCUCAGCUUUAUCACGCAAGUUUUCCGUGCGUUUUUGAAGAACCAGAGCAUGGAACAGCUCUCAUCUGCGCUGCGCAAAGGCGGAAUCCGCGACUGGCUGCUCUUCUUUCCUCCGCAGAAACGCUCGAGCCCCGGUGCUGUCCCGACCUACUUCCGUUCCGUCGAACUUCCGCAGGUCUCAGAUUAUUACAUGCGCCGCCAAAACAAGGAACUGCGCGAGCAGACGUCGGCAGACCUUGCUGCCCUGGUCAGCGCUGAAGGAAGCACCAAGGAGGAGAUGGCUGAGAUGCUCAGUGAACGCAACAAGACGCUCGGACUUAGUCCCGAGGAGUUUGUCGUGGUCGUAUUCGAAGGCAUCGUCCGCGGCAUCGACGCCGAUGCCAAACAAGACCAGCUCGAGAUGAUCCUGCCCAAAGAGAUCGAGCGCUUUGCCGGUGUACUCGAGCCAUUUGCAUCCAGUGCGCGCGCGCAAAUCACAUUGAUCAACACGAUCCAGCUGCAUUGUUAUACGGACACGCGCGUGUUCAAGUCGUUUCCCAACUUGCUCAAAAUUUUGUACAAUGAAAAUGUGCUAUCGGAUCAGGCCAUUAUUUACUGGGCUCAAAAGGGCGCUAAGCCCCAAGGUAAGCAGCACUUUUUGAAGCUUGCCGAACCGCUGGUCAAGUUCCUCGAAACCGAGGACAGCGAUGACGAAGACGAGUAG